GAUGCAAUGGGUCUACGAUAAUCUGUCAAUGCUCCUGCAAGCCCACUACCGAGUUAGAGCUCAAGGUUCAAACCGCGUUGGUGGGUGUAUUAAUAGCACUUAGCACUUCGUCUUCGGGAAGGGCUGGAGCGUGUGGCAACGCCAACAGCUGACACAGAAAAGUCUCAAAAAAGGUGCGGGAGAAGGGUCUGCUAAAUGAUUAUCUGAUAAGAUUCGUUCCUCUCCACAGGGCACUUCCUCGACGGGUCUUGGGCGGCCUGAUUUACCCCAGCAAAUUAUCAGAUAACCCGAACGCUUUCCUCGGAGUCUCUCUUCGAACACCGUUCCUUGAACUAGCCCGCGUUUGCUUUAUCUAUGGCUAGGAACAUUGAACCUGUCUUCUUGACCCGCUUUCGGCACCCCACCUCCUCCCUCUCCGCUCGUCCCCACUCGUCGACAUGGGCAAGAACGUAUUCUCAGUCCCUAUCUUCUUCAUAGUCUUCCGAGAGACUCUCGAGGCUGCCAUCAUCGUCUCCGUUCUUCUCGGUCUCGUUGAGCAGAUUGUCCGUGACGAUCCGGGAAGACUCUCCCCCUCACCACCCCCACCACCCUCUCCCGUUGAGAAACCGGAGGGCAGUGGCACCGGGAGCGGUGAGCUCAAUAAUCAACCUGAGCUGGUGCACCAAGAGGAUAAUGAGGUCCGGGCAAAGCGUCUCAUUCGCAAAAUGCGCAUUCAGAUCUUCGCCGGCUCUUUCUUGGGUUUAUUCUUUGCUCUGGCUAUCGGUGCCGCAUUCAUCGCAGUUUGGUUCACUCAAGCCAGCGACCUUUGGUCCAAGUCCGAAGAACUCUGGGAGGGUAUCUUCGAGCUCAUUGCCUCUCUCAUCAUCUUCGUCAUGGGUGUCACCAUGCUUAGGAUGGAUCGUGCCAAGGUAAAAUGGCGCGUAAAGCUUCAACGCGCGUUCGAAGGCAAACAGGUUGACGGCAGGACCAAAGCGGGCAAAUGGGUCCUCUUCAUUUUGCCAUUCAUCACCGUACUUCGAGAAGGUAUGGAAGCCGUCAUCUUCGUCGGUGGCGUCUCCCUCGGCCAACCUGCCACCGCCAUCCCACUUGCAACGGUCAUCGGUAUUAUUUGUGGUUUGAUUUGCGGCUUCCUCAUUUAUGCUUUCGCCAGUCGCACGACUUUGACAGUAUUCAUGGUCGCCAUGACCAACUUCCUCCUCCUCAUCGGCGCUGGUUUGUUCAGUAGAUCCAUCGGCGCGUUCCAAGAGAACGCUUUCAACAACCUCCUAGGUGCAGAUGUCGACGACGCGGGCGCAGCAGGUGACGGGCCAGGCUCUUACGACGUCCGAGGAAACGUUUGGCAUCUCAACUGCUGCAACCCCGAGAGUAAAUUCGACGGUCAAGGAUGGACGAUUUUCAACGCCAUUUUCGGGUGGACUAAUAAUGCUACGAUCGGAACCGUCCUCGGAUACGUCUUUUACUGGUUGGCCGUUGUGGCGGUCUUGAUUUACAUGAAGUUUAAGGAAGGUAGGACGAAGUUGUUUGGACGGGAGAGUGCUGCCGGUGUGAGAAGGCGAGAGAGGGCCGCUCUGGACCGGGGUGAUUCGGAGGCUAGCGUCGGUAAGGAGUAAACCGUCUAGUUUCCAGACCCUUGUCUUCAUGCAUUCACUUCCAAAAAUUUCACGGUAUAUGUUUUGACGAACUGGUGACGUACGAGCCGAGAAAACGGCAAACGACAAAGGGGUCUUUAUCUUGUAUUCGAGCCAUGUAACAAUGUAAACAUCUCAUUAUGUUGUUCAAUUUUAAUUUCACGUACUUCGAUGAC